GGCGUCUUCGGCGUCUUCGCGCCUUGAGGAGGCUCCAGCGCCGCGGGCGCCUGAGGGGCCGAGCGGGCCGCCAUGCAGGACCCAAAUGAAGAUACAGAAUGGAAUGAGAUUUUAAGAGACUUUGGCAUUCUUCCUCCAAAAGAAGAACCAAAAGAUGAAAUUGAAGAAAUGGUUCUACGUUUACAGAAAGAAGCCAUGGUUAAACCGUAUGAAAAGAUGACUCUUGCACAGUUGAAGGAAGCUGAAGAUGACUUUGAUGAGGAAGACAUGCAAGCUAUUGAAGUAUAUAGAGAAAAGCGGUUACAGGAAUGGAAAGCUCUUAAGCAAAAACAAAAAUUUGGAGAAUUAAGAGAAAUUUCUGGAAAUCAGUAUGUAAAUGAAGUCACAAAUGCAGAAAAAGAUGUGUGGGUUAUAAUUCAUCUAUACAGAUCAAGCAUCCCAAUGUGUUUGUUGGUUAACCAGCAUCUUAGUCUCCUAGCAAGAAAGUUUCCAGAAACGAAAUUUGUUAAAGCCAUCGUGAAUAGCUGUAUUCAACACUACCAUGACCAUUGUUUACCAACAAUCUUUGUUUAUAAAAAUGGUCAGAUAGAAGGCAAAUUCAUUGGAAUUAUAGAAUGUGGAGGGAUAAAUCUCAAGCUAGAAGAACUUGAAUGGAAGCUAGCAGAAGUUGGAGCAAUUCAGACUGAUUUGGAAGCAAACCCCAAAAAAGGCAUUAUAGAUAUGAUGAUGUCUUCAAUUAGAAACACUUCCAUUUAUGAUGACAGUAAUAGUUCCAACAGUGAUAAUGAUACCAAAUAGAAAUAUUUGGUAAAUAUCAUCACAGUACAUGUAUAUGGAAUGUUUUAUUUACUGCUGCCUUUAUAAUGGAAACCAGAAAGCUUAUCGAUUGAUUGAUUUUCAUUUUUAUAUUAGAAUCACAGUUUAUAUGUCAUUUCAAAAAUGUUCAGGUAUUUCACAAUAUUCAUUGCUUCCAACAAAACCAGUAUUUCUACUAAACUCUUAACAUUUCUCUGUGACACAGCCUUUUACACAGCCUUUUAUGCUUGACACAAACACAAAAAUUCCAAGUUCUCUGUGUUGCCUGUUCUCUCCAAAGAGACCCGGGAGUGAAAAUAAUGGGGAAACCAUAACAAUUUCAUGUAAGUCAACAUAUAUUUUUUAACAUUUAAAAAAUCAUUUUCAAUA